CUCUGGGCAUCCCUGCCCACCCCCAGCACACCCUUCCUUCCUUCUUCACUUUCUCUCUCUCGCUCGCUCUCUCCUCCUCCUCCUCGCACUCUCCACACUCCUCCCUCACGUCUGUCUGAUUGCGCCCCUAUUCCCUCCUCACACAAAGCUUGGCAUUUGGCGUGCCGGACACACACAAACACACCCCCACACAAACACACUUAUUCCGACAAGUUGGCGCAACAUUUUCGGAGUUGAGCGAAUUGAACAAGCGAGCCACCACAAACAGUGAAAGCGCGUCGUUACCAUACUACUAACGCACAUGUACCCUUUUAUAAACGGGGGCCAGCAGCAGCUGAGGCUAGACGGUCCAGCGAUGGGGGACUACGGGGGCAAUUGGCGCUACGGCGCGGCAACGGAUGGUAGGCGUGCAGGAUCCACUCCGACCAAGCGCACUCGUCGAGAUUACGAAGACGGGCUUCCAAGAACGGGUUACGGUGCAGGUAGAGAUCGCGACGUUGGCUAUCCUCGUGACAGAGUUUACGAGGACCAAAUGGGGCGCGCCGGGUGGAGAGAUGGAGACGGUUUGGGCGGCGGUGGGGACAUGAUGGGCUAUGGAGGAGGUCUGGGCGGCAACGAGCUGGGAAUGGGUCCGGGUCUUGGACCGCUGGUUGGCGGAGGGGGUCUGGGGCCGCUCGGGAUGGGAGGUCUUCCCGAUGAAUCUCAGCUGAUGGGAGGGCGCAUGGGACCCUUGGACGUGGGCAUGGGUGGGCGACCUGGCGCACUGGGGCUGAACGGUGGCGCUCCGGAGCCGGAUGUGUUACGUGGGGGCUUGGAUGUGCUGCCACCGGAUGCAUCGUCGACGCUGUUUGUGGACGGGCUACCCGAGGACUGCUCCCGCAGAGAAGCUGCACACAUCUUUCGACCAUUUAUUGGAUUUAAGGAAGUGCGGUUGGUUCACAAGGAUGCAAAGCGGGCGGAUGGAGGCAAGGUAGUAUUGUGCUUUGUGGAGUUCGCAGACGCAAGAUGCGCAGCAACUGCUCUAGAAGCAUUGCAAGGAUAUAAAUUUGAUGAAACCGAUCACGAAUCUUAUGUUUUGCGGCUCACCUUUGCUCGGCAUCCAGGACCUCGAGGUCCUGUUCGGGAUGAUCCUUACAGAGUUGGAGGUGGACGCGAUCGUGGGGACGAUUACAACAGUCGAUCAAGAGGCGGCGGCGGUGUUGGUCGUCGAUAAAAAGGGAUCGUAUGAUGAUUGUCAGGAUACAUCAGGUCAGGUGAUUGUUGCCUCGUAGCUGUGCAUCACUUUCGAGGAUGGGCCAAAGAGGUAGGAACAAUGGUGACUUUUGGACCCUCGUACGUGCAGUGUGUGUAUCCCUGUCAAGUGAAAUGAUGGGCUCAACGUGAAAUUACGGCGUACUUGUUGGGGUUGUUUGCGCACAAAUGACAGUUACAUUCGAAUGGUGCGACGGCUAAAUCGAUGUUUAUUCGUUAGUUCCAAGAGAGACGAAUGGUGUAAUGGCUGGUCUUCGUUUAGGCAAGGUACGGUGUGAGGUGCGGAAGAUGACGAACGUUUUUGCGCUUCUCGGGCGGGGUGGUCAAGAAUGUAUUGGCAUAUUUAUUUCGCACAAUGGAGAUUCUCACGGGCAUGGCGAGAUUUGGAACGAUGAAGUAGGGUGACCUCGGGAUCUUUACUGGUCACCUUGCAACGUGUCGUGUUCAGUUGGGUAUUGUGCGUCGAUUGUACUAGCAUAGUUGUUUCAUCAUCGUAACAUUUGCUCAGGAAUGGGCUUGGUUCGGAAAGUUUGUGGACAGACUUGCAACAUUGUGGAUUAGUUAUUUUACAUUUCGAUGGAAGCAUGAGCGCAUCUGGUCGUUUUGCAGGCGUAGUUUGUCAGGAUCGGCUUUCUGGUAGGUGAUACAUUCACGAUCAGUCAUGUAAACUUGCUACGGAAGAAUUUUCGCUGAAGAGUUUGCCAUUCUGGAUGACCUUUUCUCAUUCGACGGAGUGGUUAUGAACGUGUGUUUAGCCAUCUUUAGGCACUUUUUGGCUAUCUUGCCGGAGUUCGUGUGAAGAUUGUUCAUACAUAUCACAGCUAUAUCAGAUGAUGUGAAUGCUGAGCUCUGCAGUCGGAAUCAUUGUUUUUUUUGCUUAGUUUUAUCGAGCAGUCUCGGUAUUAUACAGUCAUGCCCAGGUUUCUGAGAUAAUGCCAUGUGGUAACAUUUGUAAGGAGUGCGAUUUUUCUUCGUACUACGCUCAUAGGUGUUGGUUCCUGGCCUUAGUCGACUCGAUUCAUAUUCUUAGUUCGUAAUCAUUUGUGAUGAAGAAGUCCAGUGCUCCGAGUCUGGUAUGUCUGAAGUGAUAGUUAUUCUCCUUGACCGACGACUGAAGGCUUGGCAUAGUGGACGGAUUUUGUUUACCACGUAAAUUGUCCCGCUAUGAUCCUGCCCCGGACGGAAAACAUUAAGCGCCAGUCACUCUACAUGCUUUCAGUUUGUGGCACUAAUUAUAUGGUUAUCAUCUCAUAUUGGUAGCAUAAUCUGCUUCUUUUACAACAGUAGGAGCGAUGAAUUCUUUUGCUGGAUUGAUGUUGUGUGAAGUAUGUGUUAGCAGUUUAGUAAAAACAGCAGCCAAGGGCCAGUGUUGUGACACCAGGUGUGUAGUGAGUUGAAACGACUGUGCUUGUGUUGGGUCUGUAUCCAGGGCUAACGGAACCUUGUAGAAAGCACAACAAUAUUAAUCCGACAGAACUCGUGAAGAACCAUGAUGUAACGAUAAUUUAUGAUAGGAAACUGCAAGCUGUCGGUAUUCCCCUGGUUUUUGAAUUUUCUUUUAGUGCCCACAAGUUGUAUGAAUUCCAAUUCCUCACAUGAGGAAGUCCAUUUGUCAAGUAGGAAGAGCUCCUUCUAGUGUUAGGACUGAGAGAACUUGUACCCAGGCCAACUAAGACGCCCAAGAAGAGAUUAUGUUGAGAUGA